AUUUCAAGGCAUAUUUGUUUAUUUUUCGGUGUUUGAGAAUCUGUUGGUUUAACAGUAGAGGAAGUGUUUCAUUCAGAAAGCCUCAGGCAGCCACUUAUAGUCUGCUAGCUCACAAAGUUCUUCCCAUAACUAGCUCAUAUGUAAUUACCUUGAGCAGUUUUAUUCCUUUUAACUGCUAUUGUUUCAUAGAGCUAUCCAUCGGAUACCAGUGUUGAAAAAGAUUAAGUCAGAAAUGGGAAUCAUGGUAGUGCCAGGAACAGUUGGGGAUGAGGGAGGAAGGGUCUUUCUUCCUCAUGUUAUUCUGGAACAAUAUUCCUGUGGCUAUUUUGUUUUCCAAUUGAGCAAAUUAAGAUAUCGAAUGAAAUCAUUUAUUUUUGCCUUAAGUUCCAAACCUGAGGCACUCUUAUGGAAUAAUCUGGUUGCAUGCUUGAGAAAUCAUGCAAGAACUUAGUUUACCCUUUGGGAUAACAGAUACAAUUUUGGGGAAUUGUGCAAUCGCUAGGAACUAGCAAGUUUAUUUUAAGUUCAAAUGAUGUGGAGUUUCCUCCAUUGUCGGGAUUGGAACUCCGAACAUAUUGUAUGCCUCCCACAAUGCUUUAAACCACCCUAAUUUAAACAAUUAGCUGAAGGACAGGGUGCUUGCUUCUGAAGUGCAAAACAGAUCUGUUCAACAAAUUUUAUCCAUGUAUUUAAAGUUCAUAAGAAAAGAAAUGGAAUUAACAAAUAUUUUAUCCAUCAAAUUUCAGUCUCUCGUACACCUUUUUUGAGUUGGAAAGUUUCACAUGGGAGCUAAUCCAAACAGUAUCAGUUUUGACUACAUUUAAUCUGAAGCUGUCUUGAGAAGGAACAACAUCAAACUUACAGAAUAAAACAGGCACUGCACAGGAAUGACAAUGUGUAUUUAAAUUUGCUUGCAAAAAUGAUUCUAAGGUUGCCAAACAUAAAUUAAAUUUAUUAAUUUGGUUCUUUCAGUGUCAUGAAGGCAUUUGAAACCAUAUCAAAAUUGCUCGUGAAAUUCCAAUACAAGAUCCAAUUAUCACUAAUCUCUGAUAUUACUUGCUUCAGUUUUGUGAGAAAGAAGGCAUUUAACUUUGAAUUUCAGGGCCACAGACAUGUUUUUGUCACAUAUCAAAUGGCUUUUCACAGCAACAGAAAAGGGAACACUCAGAUUAUGAAACACUUAGGAAAAAGGCACAUGUGGAAAUUAUGUCCGCAGAAUGAAAUAAAGGAAGUUGGCAGACUAAUCAGCUGUUUUUUGGUAAGUUGUUUCAUAACUUUUCUGCUUUUCCUGUUUUUGACAUUGUCCUACACUCCAAAAACAGCACCCUAACCCUCUCCCCAACUGUAUCCCUGCUAAAAAUGCAACCUACACAUAAGCUUCCCUGCCCCUGUCACAGCCACUUGGUAAAUAAAGAGAUUCCAUAGGGAAGUUAUGCAUACUGCUGAGUACCUAUGCUUUCUUUGGUCAAAUGUCCUGACAAUUCUUUUCAGCGAUAGUAAAUUGGGAUUAAGAAUUUUCCAGCCACAGAUAUUGACUUUGCUCUGAUUAAUCCAUGGUGCCUUUAGAAAAUGAAGAAUUUAAUUCGUAUAUGUGCUUUCAGCAUAUAAUUUGGAUUCUCUUCAACUUCAAUAAUGUCAGCACUUGGAGAUCAUUUGGAAGAAAGCAGCUUUUGUCUAUGAAUGUAGAGGCCUUUCAUUGGACUCAACAUAACAUUGCCUUAUUGCUGGCAUGACUGGUUCAAGAUGAGUAAAUGGAGUUCAUGUUCACAAGGAACCUCUUCAUCAGCUGCAGUUAUCUUUUGGUAUGUGUGACCAUGAACUCUCAACCAAAUUCAGCUAUGAUUAUUUUCAGCAGCAUUCAAAAUAUAAAUUUUAGCCAUUUUAACAAAGGAGCCUGUAAUGGAAUCAGUCACUGUUCAGCCGAACACGUAAUCCCUCAGCGAGAUGUUGUUGAGCGGAGUUGAUGUAUUUUUGGAACAAAGGAUGAGAAUUCUUGCAGCCACUGUGACUCAGUCAAUUAUUUAGGGUCUUCUGAAUCUGGAGUUUUAGGAAAUCUACUUCUAACUCUCAUCUACUUUGGUGAUCCUAUGAACUGUUUCCAAGAGGAUUUCGGGAGCAAAAUAUCCAUCCAUCUUCUUCAAUUUUUCAUCAUACUUGUCUACUGUGCCCCUUUCAUUUGUUAUAUUUAUUGCGUUUUGCUUUUAGUACAGUGACCCUCAAAGUAAUAACGUUGAUUUUUUUUUCUCAAGUAUAACACCUUACAGUGCAUGGCAUGAAAUUUCAAUUAUGCUUUUCUACUUGUCAAAGAAAUUAUAAAAUUUUAACACAGUUUUGGAAAUGCAUACUGUUAUAUCCUCCAUGGUGGAUUAAUAUAUUGUGAAUAUUUGGAUGAUUUUUAGAACGAGAUCCAUCAGUUGUUGACAUAGCCUGUUGACAAAAAGCAGACAAAGCAAUCUAGGAAGAAGGCAAAAACUUUUAUAAAUUAGCUCUAAUACUAGCAAUUGAAAUAAAAUGCCAGAAAUUUUAUAGAGAUGGUGGUACAAUAGAUCAAGUAUUCAUCUAUUUGAUUCACUGCUGAAAAAUUGUUGGCCUAGGUUCUUUAAUUUUGUCACGUGCAUCUGAUUUGGUUGAAAAUUAUUCUCAGUUGUAUCUGUGUCAGAUAGAGUUUAAGUUCCACUUGAUUCAGACAUGAAACCAGAGCAGUUGUGGACAUUUCUUCAAGCUUGAGAGUCCCAAUCUUCUUCCUAAAGUAAUUCCUUGCGAUUGUUGGGAUUCUUGUGUACGAAUGUACAAGUGACAAAUAUCUCUGUUUUUAUAGCUUUUCAUCAACUUUGGCUUAGCAGUUGGCUUGGACAGAAUCUGUAACUGUAGAGAUGACUAUGUCCCAAAGAUAUUCAUAUAACAACAGCACAUCAACCUCAACUUCAAUUAUGCAAGAAGUUGUUGAAUUUGUACAAUAUAGCAGAGAAAAGCACUGCCCUGUCUUGCAUUGAGUCGUACAGAUGACAAAACAUCCAUGGUAAAACUCUGAAUCUCUCGUUGAUUGUCCAAUCUUGUCCAGCACUGGAAUUUGCCUCAAUGCACUUGACUUUUGAGGAGCAGUUUAGAGGGCCUUCUCAUUCAUGGCUAUUACCUUGUGACAUUUGCUGAAAAGUGAUAGCUGAAUCAGUUUCUUCCAUAAUGCCCUCCAAGUUUGAAUAGGCUGCUGACAGAUUUAGGCUUACACGAGCAACAGUGAGCUGUUGAAGAUCUGUUGCAGCAGUGAAAUUGUUCAGCUCAGCAUCUUCAACACUGAAAGGAAGACAACUUGUCAGAGGAGGAGAGGCUGAUGUAAAGAAAAUCAGCUUGGGCAAUGGAGAUUCUGAAAAUUUUCAUCUAAAUAACAAACAAAAUAAUCUCCCUCGUUUUCAUUUUUGAAAAUUAACUUAUUUACUUUUAUGACUACCAUUCUUAAUUUGCCUCACAGACUUUAGUUGUAUUUCUGAGAAUAUUGCAAAUUAGGAAUUGUUUUUUGUGAAAACAAAGUCUUUGACAAGGAUUCUUAAGCACCUGUUCUAGACUGCAAAUUUUUCAUUGAACCAGCUCAAUGGAAGUCAAGCAGAUGGGUAUUUCACAUCCCAUAUUAUGCUCCUGCCUUGGAGAUGCUGAGUGAACUGACCAGCCAGAAAUGACAUCUGUACUGAGUUGGCUCAAUCCUUCUUCUGCUUAUCAAGUGACAGUAUUAUCAAGAAUUGAAUGUGAUAAUAACCAUGAGUUUCCUACCAGAGAUACAUGUCCAAGUAAGAAGAGGCCCAAAAGGUGUUUUUUUUUAGCAUUGUUUUACCACUGUUCUUGGGAAAAGAGGGAGUAGAAAUGUCAUUCCUGAGGUCCAUACAAGCAAAAUUUGGUCCUCCUCUGGUAUAAACAUUCCCCCAUGCUAAUGAUGAAGACAUUAUGGUUUCUGAUCCUGCCGCUCAUCCUCAGACACAAGCCAGUGUAUUUGCUACCCAGGUAGGGCAAAAAGGCAGCCAAUGUGAUUAAAAUGAGACCUUUCAGUUGAAAGAAGCAUGGGUAUCAUUUCUGGAUUGACGAGUGAGUUUGUAACUCUCACUCCUGCGCACUCAACCAAAACUGAAUUUAAAUCUGGAUCAGUGCCAAGUGUUAUUUAGACUCCUGUGAAGAAAUAGGAAGUGGAGAUCAUAUUGUGCCAUUAAAAAAGAAGCAAAGUACACAACGAGUCAACCUAAUCAGAUGCUCCCUACAUUCUCUCAAAAGGAUGACUAUGUAUAAUAUGUAAGGAAGCUAAAGGCAGCUUGAAUAUCAGCACACCUACUGGGGAACCUUCAGGUGCUUUAUCAGUAUUCCAGAAGCCAUUUGAUCAUUCCAUGGAAUAAAAGUUAAAAAUUGACGAAAAUCUGGAAGGAAACUAAGGGAAAUGGAGAAGAUAUUGCUUUAAAUCAAGGAAAUUGUGGAAGAAAUGGUUUGCAGUUUUAAAAACAAGUUACUGAAACACUUCUGAUUUCACUGCUGAUAUUGAAGAAAGUUUGGACAAAACUAAAAAUGGGACACAAGUUCCAAGUCAUCAUUUUUAUUUGCUGCUUGUGCCUGAUUGAUCACACAACAGGGAUGCGUGGAGGAAAUGGUAAAGAUUUCAAACAGGGUGCAGGAAGAUGUCAAGGAUGGGAAAUCGAUCUAAGGAACAACCUUACUGACCCAGGAAAUAUCUCAGAUUACAUCAACGACUUUUAUGAGAAUAUCAGCGAUCUGAGCCCAGGCUGUGUCCGAACAUUCAGUCUCAAUGUCACUCAUUCUAAUUUGGUGGAACUGAUGAGUCUUCUAAAUGCCAAAUAUGAUAACCUGAACCCAGGUACCAGGAAGCAGAUUUAUAAAUGGGUUGAAGAUAUUUACACAAAAACACCAGACUCUGGAAUGAAAACCAUGGAUCACAUACAAGAUGAGAGAAGAUCAAAAGAUCAGGGUAAAAAACCAGAAAAAGGGAAAGGGAAAGGCAAACAUAAUUUUAUCACCCUUGAUGUUCUUCACAUACUUGGGCGUUUCAUUGUCCAAGCACCUACUUCUACUCUCAAGAGCAUUUCGAAGGGUAAUGAUAAUACGGUAUGUCAGCUCUUCAAGUCUUCCUCUGACCUUUUGGAAAAGCUGUUUGAUCUCACACCUGUACAAGCUCACAUAUUUUUUAAUGGACUGGAUAAUUGCGCUGAUGUUGACACCAAGAAUGAAACAGUAAUCGCUAAGCUUGGUCAGUUGGCAUGUUUUUACCCAACCAAACAACUUAAAUCACUUCAUAUGAAAGCAGUAAAGGCUUUGCAGGACAAGCUGCACAACUGCACCAGGAAUAUAAAGAAGAUCUACCAAGCAAUCAUAGAGGUUAUUGGUGUCAACAUUUCAAGUGCUGAAAGUCUAAAAGACCUGGGAGAUGCUGCGAUUGGGCUGAAAAUCAGUCAAUUGUCCAACAUCACAGAACAGGUUAUUGUGGGUGCUGUUGAAGUAUUGAAGAAUGUCAGAGGCUGGUCCAAAGGCCAAGCUAAGGUCUUUGUCAAAAAGUACAUGGAGGUUGAAAACGUCACAGCCAACAAGUUGAAAAAUCUGGGUUAUCUUGCAUUUGGUUUUGGUGCUAAGACAUUCAGCAAGUUCAAAGGCCAGGAACUCUUAACUGCUUUUACUGAUAAGGAAGUGCAAGAGUCCGUGAAUUUCAUGUUGCCCGUACAGAAGAAAUCUAUCAUGAAAGGGAUCUUGGAAUCAAUGGAAAUUGAUUCAGUUCUACAAUUACUUCCAGAGACACUGGUGCCACAAAUUCCAGUAAAGAAACUGAUAAAGGCUCACAACCUCAGUAAUUUCACCUUCUUGAGCAAGGACAGACCUUGGAAUAAGGGUCAGUCUGUUGCUGCCAUUGAUCGUGUUAAAAACCAACUCAACGAUGUUAAAAAUAUCAGUAAAUUGAAGGCUGUUAUCAAAGGAAUUCCAUGCAGCCUCAUUAACACACUGAAACCUGAUGUGGUGAAGGUCCUGGCAAAUAAUCCCUUUGCUUCUAGUAAUCAGAUUCGCUGUUUUUCUAUCAAAUUCUUUAAAGACAAGAAAAACAGAAACCCAAACUACUUCAGCAACCUGACAUCAGAAGACAUUAACGAAUUCCUGAUCUCAUACAUGAUUUUUCAACCGGGUAUUGAAGAAUUGAAGCUCAUUCCUCGAGCUUUGUGCCCCAACAUGGUUGAGCUAAUAAGUCAAGCCAAUAUCACAAUGCUCCCCCGAAGUUCACCCAGACGUAAACAACUUCUCGAUUACGCCACAAAUUGCCUGAAUUUGACUGUAUCUGCAAUGACAGAGGAUGAUGGUAAUAGCUUGGGUUCCCUAGUCUGUGCACUUAGUCCAGAUGACAUUAAAAAUUUAAACAACACUGUCUUCUUGGCGAUUGUCGAUCAACUUCAAGAAUGUGGACGAUUUGAUGAGGCGAAGAAGACAGCUCUUAGACAGAAGAUCCUAUCAGCCUAUCCGCCACUCUCAGAAUGGACAGUCGACGAGCUGACUGAGUUACGUAGCCUCCUGGGAGUUCUCACGUAUGAGGAUCUUAAAUCAAUCCCCAAUAAUGAGGACAUCCAAACAGCACUCUUGGAAAUCCUGUCUGCUCACAAGUCUACUAGGAAUUUUGUCCCUCCUGAUUUUGAUAAUUCCCCAAAUGUCUCUGCACUUUAUCAAAAAGUCUUCAAUAUCCUGAAUAGCCCUUCACAAAGCAGGAGAAAACGUGCAACAGCUUGCCCAAAACGUCCCACUGCAGAGGAAAUCGAAACUCUUGGAGAAGCCAACAGUUUAUGGACUGUUGAACAGUUGAGUUGUAUUUCAGACGAGGACUUCAUAAAUUCACUGGACACACUGACUCAAGUCGAAGGCUUCAACAUCGCUCAGCUGAGAGCGUUAAAAUCAAAGGCCUUGGAGGCUUUUGGUAUGAAUAUCUCAAACGACCAGCUUGCCUCUCUAAAGAAGAUCACGCUAGGCUUUGAUGAGAGUGAAGUAGUGCAAUAUUUCACUGCACCUGAUAUUGAUACUAUUGGUGCAAUCUCAGACUACCAGGAAUGGGCCAGCACUGAGCAUUCCAAACAAGCCAAGGCUAUCAUGAAGAAUUUCUUGGGUCAGCGAUCAGACAGUCAACUUAGUAGCACAGACCUUGUUGGUAUGGGUUAUUUCCUUUGUACCCGUAGCUCAGGCGAAAUCAAGAACAUUAAUGUGACAGCCUACAGCACUGCUGCCAAAGAGAUUGGGGAAACAAUGUGUCCUAAUAUUGAGACUCUAACUGCUUUGAAGAAUAAAGCAGUGGAAGCAUUUCCCAGUGUGGAUACCUGGACUGGUGCACAACUGCAAGAGAUAGGGGUCGUAGCAGCUGGCCUUAGUAAAGAAGAAGUGCCCAAACUGAUGACAUCCGCAGUUUCAUUCUUGACACCAGGAGCUGUUUCCAAGUUCCCCUCAAAUGUUUUCUCGGCUAUGACUGCUGAGCAAUUGAGAAAUCUGGGGCCACAAAACUAUGGCGCAGUUACUGACGCACAGAAAGCAGCCUUGUCACAGGAGAAGCUUCAAGCCUUGAAAGAAAAUGCAGGAUUUGAGCGAGCCAUUGACAAUGCAGGUGCGACCUCCUGGAGCUCUGUGAGGAUACUGACCCUUCUGGUUCUCAGCUUGACAGCGACACUUCAUUAAUCUGCAGAAUUGCUAAAAUCGCUGAUUCCAAAAGCGACACCAAGCAAAGCCCAAAAAUAAUUACCCAUUGAAGUUCAAGUUUAAAAUAAUGCAAUUAUGAACCACUGUAAAUUCCUGCCCAUUCACAUUACAGAGAAUAUUGGCUAACCACAUAAAAUGCAACUGGUAGAAAAAUUGAAUUUCUCACUAAAUUUCCUAAAACUGAAAACGUAAAUAUAUUCUGAUAGUAACAUUUAUUUCACAUGAAAUACCAGUUAACUCAAAUAUUGCUACAAUGGCUGAAAUGAUGCAGAUAGCCUGUUUGUCCAAAAAAGAUGUUUAUUGUGAUUUGUAUGAUUUAAGACAUGGAAUGGAGGUUUUCCUCCCCUUACUAGUAAAUAGGAACCAGCUACCAUUACAGUGAACACGUGAAGGAAAUGGAAAGAACAACUGUGUGAUCACUGCUGGUUUAAACUUUAGCUAGGGACAGAGAUCAUGUAAUACAUCAGCUAGCUGGCUAUAUAAAUAAUGCACUAUGUGAUCUCUGAGAGUUACUUCUGUUGCCUUUUCUGGCAAAUGUUGCAGCUUUGCUGGGUGUGUGCAGAUGAGUUGGGCUGGGUGGGUGGGGGUAGGUUCUGUUUUUGGAUAUAGAUGGAUUUAAUGUCUAGUUUUCAUAAUAUCAGUAUCUUGAAUUUAGGGCAGCCUCAGUGGUCUUGCGGCCUUUCACUUCCUUUGUGUUAUUUCUGGUUCCAUUUGAGAACAUGCAUUGGGAAGGUAGACUUUCUUUAUUAACUCAAGAGAAUCAUAAAGUGAACCUUUUUGACGCUAUAUGUCAAGUGGUACACAAGAGGGAAUGAUGAUUGCUUUGGUAGAAUGGCGGAACAAAACUGCAGUUUGUUCAAUUGUAUUUAUUAUUUGGCAAUACACUUUUUACAAUGGUGGUCUUCACUGUGAGCUGCUCCAUCAGAUUGGCCCCGCUCUGAGACCUGGUGAGGAAUAAGAAUAUUAACUCAACUUACAAACUAUCCUGUGCUGGCUAGAAUGAAUUGCUGCCAAUAGGAGUUCAUGUUCCCCACAUUCAUUUCUCUGAUCUUUGGAUAGAUGUUAAUUUUUCUGAAAUCAACAGAUUAACACAUCUGUGAAAAUGCUGGAUAAAGUAAAGGCAUAGAGAUGCAUUGUGAAUUCAUCCCUUUGUAUUGCCAUCUUUAAAUUGAGGCAAUAUAAUAGGAGAGAAAAUCAGGUGAAUUACUUACUGUCUCUAAUUUGUGCUACUCGGGAAAAUAAACUUUAUAUCCUAAAUCUCUUGACCCUGAAACGUUCUAAAAAGGGAUUUGAAAUCUGGACUUUAUCAUCAAGUCAUUAAGAACAUGUUUAAAUGAAAUAAUCAAUAUUAUUUUUAAAAUUGAGAUUUAGAUUAUUAAUUUAGAUUUGUUACCCUCUCAUCGGUUGAAAUAAAAAUGGAUGUAUUUCAUAAAGUAGGACUUCAAAGGCUAAAUAAAGAAAUGUAUUCACUUUCAGUGGGCUUGAAUUAACUGCUUAAAAGUAGAUCAUGGAACUUUGUCUCAGUUAACUCAUAAAUCGUCUGGAUUUUUUUUAAAUCUGUGAAGCACUUGUUGCAGGGAAGUAAGCAAAAUUGUGCCAUUUUUACAUGAUCACAAUUACAUGUUCAGUUUGUGGGGUUAGCUAUUCGCCUUAACCUAAAAAGUAGAGUAUAUGUCACAUCUUUUUCUUAGCUUUUCCCGAGGAAACUAAACAAAUUUCACAAUUCAAGAAAAUAUUUUAGCAGAAAAGGAGAUGGGUAUUGACCUGUGAAGCGGGUUGAGUCAUCAAACUCUCCAGUGUGUUAAGAAAUGCUGGUAUAUUCAUUGAAGAAGGACAUGUUUCAAUGCAGUUGUUAUAGAUGAAUCUACAAUUUAAAACACAAAUGGCAAAAAAAAAUCCAUUGACGAUGUAAUCCCAAAUUCUGUCAAGAGGUGAAAAGUAGUCUGAUUAGCUAAUGCAUUACAAUGGAGAAAUCAGUUUUGAAUAAAAGACGCCAAUCACCAUCUUUUUCUCCUGUAGUACAAGUUGUUGUGAUCAUUUUGAAUUUGCCAUUCUUGCAUUUUUCUUGAAUAAUAUAAAGCAAAAUGUUUCAAAAAUAUGUUUCUUCUGCAAUAUUCAAGUCAUUAAAUUUCUGAGCAGUUGAAAGGUGCUUCUUUGCUGAAAUGAAAGGCUUUGUUCUCUCAGGAUUUGUUGUGAUUGUGUUUACUCCAAUGAGAGGAAGAGAUGAGUGUGAGAAAGGGAAUGUUUGCAGAGGAUGGGCAGAUGUGUGGGGAGUGACAGUGUUACAAGGAUGUGAAAAGGCUGUAAAAUGUAGUUGAGUGUCAGUCGAAGUUGUUUGUUUUGUGAUAUGAAGAGGUUUUUUGUGGGACAAGAAUGUGUGCAUCUAUAGGGUGUGGUUGUCUGAAGAGUGCCGUGCAAUACAGUCUUGGGGAGCUCAGAUUGAAGAAGUUUGCUCUUGAAUAUGUCAUGCCUAUAACCUUCCCAUCUUGGUGAAGCCACUAAAUCUCUUUCAACCCUUCAUUAUAAUCAUGGGUCUAUACUCCUGAUACUUGCUAUUGGACUUAACACCACAUCCAAUUGGUCUGAGCGGCUGUCCUCUUCUUCCUUUCCACAUAUUUAUGUGUGGAACUGUAUAAACUGCAGAACUAACUCCAAAGAUGUCUUAAAAUCCUUGACAACCUUUUCACAUUGAGAGAAGAAACUUGAGCCCUACCUUGACAAGUUGGCUGGUAGGGUCAAUCAAUUGAGUGGCAAUUACACCAGCAUUCCCACCUUGACCCCAAUUAAGCCUGGGGUGGAAAUUUCCCAUGAAUGACCCUCCCCCCCCAUUCCAUCGCCAGUCGAGGAUCUGAAGUAGUGUGAGUGAUAAUGGGAACUGCAGAUGCGGGAGAAUCCAAGAUAAUAAAAUGUGAGGCU